AGGAUCUAGGAGGUAAUUAAACUUAUUUUGGUAAUUUGCCUUGGAAAACGGUCCUGUGAAAGAAGAGAAUCGACAAUGCUGCGAAACAGAACCCCACACACGCAGAGACAGAGAAAAUCAGUGGUGGCCAUGGGAAAGCGAAACGGAUUCAUCCAAACAACCCUCUUUUUUUAGGGAUUUAUCCCAAAACCCCGCAUCCUAUCUUCAACAACUGCAUUAAUAGGAAUUUUCCCCCUUUCCCCUCUUCGAUUUUUCUUCGCAAUCUCAGGUACCCAUUUAUAAUUAACGAGUAUGUAAUCGCAACUUCUUUUCUUCUUCAAUCUCAGUUCGAAGGUUCUCCUUUGGUUUUUUUCUUUUCCGGCGGUACCCGUGAACAGCAGAGCGGAUACCUGUCGAAAAAGAGCGAUAGUUUGAGAGAGAAACAGAGCUGUUGUUGAGGGAAAAAAACUGCGAUUGUCGUUACGAUCGGCGUGAAAAUAUAGGGUUCCUGGAGUGGCUGCGUUAAAGCCUUCUUGGUUUCGAGGGAAAAAUGGUGACGACGGAAGGCGGUGGAGGGGGAGAUGAAACGACGUCGUCGCCGAAGGGUAGGGUGAAAUUCUUGUGCAGUCAUGGGGGGAAGAUACUGCCGAGGCCGGUCGAUGGCCACCUCAAGUACGUCGGCGGCGAUACCCGCGUUGUGGCCGUCUCACGUGACAUCACCUUUUCAGAGUUGAUGCGGAAGCUUACUAGUCUCUUUGAUGGGGAAAUGGUCUUGAAGUACCAAAUAAUUCCUGAGGAUCUCGAUGCCUUGGUCUCUGUUAGAUCAGAUGAAGAUCUUCGCCAUAUGCUUGAUGAAUAUGACCGCCAAGAAAGUGGAGGAACUCCAAGGCUUCGAGCUUUCUUGUUCCCCUCCAAAUCAGUAGUGAUAGAGAGCCAAACAUCCUCUGUGGAACGUCAAGCAUUAGAGCAACGCUUCAUUGAUGCUGUCAAUGGCAUAGUCCGCACACCUAGUAGUGUAAAACGCAUUUCUGUCAACACGAACCGCCCAUCAUUCACCAUUUCCUCUGCAUGCUCUUCCCCAAAAUCCCUUUCCCCAGAUGGGCCAUCUGCCGAUCCAAUGAACCAUGAACUGCCUUUUUCAAGUGGCUUACAGAACAGUCGGAUGCAGAUGCAUCGGGUCCGAAGCUCUCCUACUCUUUGCAGCCUCAGCAACAAUCAGCACUACCAGCACAGCCUCGGCAACCACACUGCCCACCAGCACCACCACCAUUAUUUCCAAAACCCCCGACUACAUCACCAGCAGCACAGCCACCAGGCUUCAAGGCCGCCAGAUCCGCACAAGGGUGGUGUGGGUGAAAGGCUGAUACCUGCACCAUUGAUGGGACGUCAAGACAUGGGGAGGAGCCAAAUGGGUCAUGCUCCCACCCUCUACUAUUCUUCAGCAGGGAGGCACCACCAAGGGAGUGGAUGCAACAAUUGCGGGCAGUAUGAUUGCAGUCCUUACAGAUGUGCGAGGGUCGAUAGGGCAGAUAGUCUUCCUCAUAGUCCUGUGGAAGGCUAUUUGGGAACAAUAAAUACUCUUAAAUGACCGACAGGAUAUAGGAAAACUGCAUAUUGUACAUGCACACUAUAUGUAUUUUACCCUGCUGAUGUGAUUCUGGGUCGGUUGGUUUUGUGCUGGUUUCUUGUAUAUACAAGAGUUUGUGGUUGAGACGUGAAGAGGAUUAUGCACUUGAAGAGGAUUAUGCACUUUUAUUAUUGAAAUACAUUAGGUAUGAGAAAA